AUGGGUCUUAUCAAGACUGGAAUCCAGCUCGCCGGAGCUUACGGUCUCCUCAAAGUCUCCUCCAAAGCGGCGAACGAUUAUCAAGAAAAGAAGCAAAAAACUCAAGACCAUCAGUGCCAAUGCCAUCAUCAUCAUCAUCCCGACCACCACACCCAACAGUACCGACAACCACAUUAUGCAUAUGACUCACGCAUGAACUACAACCCUGGCUCUGGUCCAUACCACCAAUAUCCUCACCAAACAUCCUACAACUCCACCCCUUACCCUCCGCAUCAGACUAUGCCAACGGCACAAUAUGAAGGGUCGAUACCGCCGACCGCGCAGCACUCUCAGACACAAUCCCAGCCCGCAGAACUACCAUGA